AUGGUGCAACGUCCAACCCCACAAGGAGAACUCUCCUUUCCAAGGGAGAGCGGCUGGAUACGGAAUGAGAGACCACCUUAUCUUGACACUUCCCAGCAAGAAAAUCGAUUUGCUAACCCAACCUCAUCUGUCCAUCCAACACAUUUGACUAUCGAAACGGCUUUGAGAGAGUGUUGUCGCAUUCCUGUCAAGGAGUUCGGCCUUGUCGUUAUCCUUGAGAAUGGAGAAGAGAGGACUUUUUCAUCGCCUUCUUUGGCACCUUACCGUCAAAGGUUCUUCACAGGAGAGUUCUACUCACAUUUUCGCCGUGCCGUUCGGAGGGCAACAGAGGACGCAUAUUCUAGUUCUGGAUAUGGCCCGGAGAGUAUGUUCAAUGAGAUCGAUAUAGAAAGUGAUCAAGGACGGAAAGGUAGUGGAUCGUCAGAAGGUCGGACUCGUUAUCGAAAAACCAGGUCCGAUGAUUCUGAUGAAGAGGUUUCUUCGGGGUCGAGAGGCAAAAAGAGAGCUCGUUACCCUGCCUGGAGGGAAAACUCAAACGAUGACACGCCAAUGCCAGUUCCAGUUCAGAAGACUCAGCAACUGAUGAUCGGAGACUCCGCCGAAGUUGAGAAAUUUUACGCUUGUCGAUUCAAGGACAUGCAGCAGUCGUCCUGCAAAGUUAUGGGGAAGGCGUUUGUGAAGUUGGUGGAACCCAAGAAACAAACCCACCACCCCUACACGAAAGGGGAUGAUAAGGCUCCACCCUGGUGGCCGCCAACUGCAGGCGACGACAAUGUCAGGGUUCGACACAGGGAACCCGAUCAUCUCUUGAAGCCAGAACGAAUUCGUCUCUUGGUCCACAUUCUCCGAAUGAUUAUAGAGCCCUCCGAGAAGCAACACCCCACGGUCCAGAAACUCGAGCUCGAUGUGAAAAAGUUGGAGGAGGUGACAAUGGAAGCAAUAUCCAACUGGUUCAAUGACAAAGAUCAUCCUGAAAAUGCUCAAAAGAGGCCAUUUCUGAAGGAGAUCUUCAAAAUUGCUAAGGCGGAAGAGCGGUAUAAAAAUGGCGAAAUCGACGGGACCACCGUGAUUCCUGUCAUGUAUGGAGAAAGGUCUGGCGGUUGCGAUGGUGACGGGUCCGAUGAUGGAGGCGACGAACAACCAUCUUUCAAGCCCGAGGAUGACGAGCAUGAGAUGCCUCUCCACUCUUCGAGCAACUUGCCGACACCAGACAGCAUGGUUUCGCCCCUCACGGGUAGUCACAACCGACAUCUUCAGUCAGAGCCUGAUUCGAGUGGUCUUGGGAUGCGCAGUAUCCUCCCAGUCAGGUCAAUGGACGACCACUUCAACGAUCCGUCGUCUUUCUUUUCACGUGGCGGCUUGGGAGUCAACUUCCAGCAACCGCGAAGUCCGAAUCUGCAAGACACAGCGCGUGGCCAUGGCCAGUUCGUCUCCCAAUCCAACUUCCACACUCCUCAAAUGUUCUGGCCACCCAACAUGGCCAGCAACGCUUCGUCCAACAACUAUUACGUGACGUCUCCGCAGACCUCUCUCCCCCCUUCGAGUAGUCCGUACAACCCGCUGCCUCUCCCCAAUCCGCAACAGACCAUGCUUCCUCCUCCGCCGAUCAGUGUGCAGCACCCUUUUGAUGGAUUGCCAGUUGGCAGAGCGUACGACUCGUCACCUGCGCUUGGUAGUCAGCUCCGGACUGGGAGCAUAGGACAUCCGCACCACAUAGCACAGCACCACAGCUUCCAGGACUUCUUGCAAGAUGGCGGCAAUUUCGGACACCAUGAAACGGACCUGAAAGACCAGCAGCAGCAGCAGCACAUUCACCCAAGCUGA